ACUUAUUAUCAUAGCUAAAGAGGAGAAAAUGGCUCACACUUCUCUUCUACUAGCCUUGAGUUUGAUCACCAUCCCCUUAGCUUUGCUCUUCCAAGGAUCACAAGCUCAAUUGAGCUCCACCUUCUACGACACCUCAUGCUCGAAUGUGUCAGCGAUCGUUCGAAGCGUAGUCCAGCAGGCGCAAACCUCUGACCCUCGUAUUUAUGCCAGCCUCACUCGACUCUUCUUCCACGAUUGUUUCGUCGAUGGUUGUGAUGGGUCUCUCUUGCUGGACGAUAGUGCUACCAUUCAAAGCGAGAAGGACGCGACGCCGAACAAAAAUUCUGCUCGAGGAUUCGAUGUGGUCGACAACAUCAAGACGGCCGUCGAAAAUGCUUGCCCCGGCAUCGUCUCCUGCGCCGACAUUCUCGCUAUCACAGCUGAAGCUUCAGUUAACUUAGCUGGAGGGCCCUCAUGGACUGUGCUACUGGGGAGAAGGGACAGCACCACUGCUAACCAAGCUGGAGCCAACAAUCUUCCAAGCCCCUUCGAUAGCCUUAGCACCCUUGAAUCCAAGUUCUCUGCCGUCGGCCUCGAUGACACCGAUCUCGCUACGUUAUCAGGAGCACACACAUUCGGUCGAGCCCAAUGCCGAUUCUUCAGCAACCGACUGUACAAUUUUAGUGGCACCGGGAGCCCAGACCCAAGCCUAAACCCAUCCUACCUAACCACAUUGCAGCAAAACUGCCCUCAGGGCGGGGACGGGACGGUCCUGAACAAUCUCGACCCAACCACGCCCAACACGUUCGACAACAACUACUACACCAACCUCCAGAACAACCGCGGCCUCCUCCAGUCUGACCAGGAGCUCCUGUCGACUAGCGGUGCGUCGACUGCCUCCACGGUGAAUAGCUAUGCUGGCAGCCAGAGCACGUUCUUUCAGAACUUCGCGCAGUCAAUGAUCAACAUGGGGAAUAUCACCCCCCUGACUGGCAGCAGUGGGGAGAUUAGAAGCAACUGCAGGAAGGUGAAUGGGAGCUGAUUUGUCUAUUGUUUCAAAUUUAAUAAGACCUGCAAAAUGUUGCAUGCAUGGUUUGUUAUUUGCUUGUAUUUGUUUGAUGGUUAAAAGAAAUGAAUUUAAGAUUGUUUUGGCUUUUCUUUUCCAACA